AACAUUUCACACCUUCCAGAAUUUUCAGUGUUUUUACUUUGGUUGACGCUUUACGCACGCACAACUCGCACUCUGCUCCUAGGGUUUUCUGCUUUCUCCGCUCUUCGAUAAACAGAGAUGAGCCGACAUCCUGAAGUGAAGUGGGCCCAGAGGUUGGACAAAGUUUAUAUCACAGUGCUACUGCCAGAUGCAAAGAAUGCAAACGUUAAUCUAGAUCCAGAUGGUGUUUUUAAAUUCUCUGCUAGUGCUGGAGCAGAGGACCACCUGUAUGAAGUGAAGUUGGACCUUUUUGAUAAGGUUAAUGUAGAGGAAAGCAAAAUAAAUAUAGGUUUGAGGAGUAUUUUCUGUGUUUUGGAGAAGGCAGAGAAGAAAUGGUGGAAGAAACUACUGCGAGGGGAUGACAAGGCUCCACACUACGUUAAAGUAGAUUGGGACAAAUGGGUGGAUGAAGAUGAUGAUACUGGUCCAGAAGACGUUGAUUUAGGGGGAAUGGAUUUUUCGAAAUUCGGUGACAUGGGUGGCAUGGGAGGCAUGGGUGGCAUGGGUGGCAUGGGUGGCUUGGGUGGCAUGGGUGGCAUGGGUGGUCUUGGUGGUCUUGGUGGCAUGGGUGGCAUGGGUGACCUGGGUGGUCUUGGUGGCAUGGGUGGCCUGGGUGAUGCUAUGGGCGAUUUUGAUGACAGCGAUGAUGAUGAAAUAUCAAAGCUGGAAGAGGACAGUGACAAGGCAGGUGGGGUGACAAAGACAGGAGAGCAUGAAACCAGUAAGGUGGAAGAAGCAGCUUCAAAUGGAAAAGCUGAAGCUGCACCAAGUACUUGAAUUUUGUGUUCGUUCUGGAUAGUAUGGCCUUUGGCUUUGAGCUGGCGGGGUAGAUUUAUAUGCGUUGCAACUGGAAAAGCAUGCUUUUACAAAACUGUUGUGAAGGUCAAAUUUACCCCACACUCAAGCUGACAUCUGUCUUCAGCUUCUCCUUGGAGAGAGAGGAACUAUGUUCAAUUUCUUUUGGGUGUUAUAUGUUUAAUUAGUGUUUCAUGGGUGACAGUCUGAUAGCGGCUUCAAAUUUCUUUCUGCUGAUUUUUUCCCUUUCUUUACAUGCUACUACUAUCACUGGGAAAUUUAAAUCGUGUGGCCUGUUAUAAGCUUUUUAUAUACUCUGGACCUGUAUUUUCCGAGUAUUUUUGGCGCCACGGAAUCAAGAAUUUCUGGAUUAAAUCAUGUAACGAUUACCAUCUGCAUUGUAUCUGCAUGCUGAUAUUUAGAUC